UCAUCCAAGUCAUUUCAGGUCCAGUUGAGCCUCUUCAAACAAGAUGGCGGCUUCCGCGGAGCAUCCCUUGCCUGAGCCUGCCAAGCCCUUACUCGGGCUUCUAAAUGGUAUCGCUCAGGCCACCUUUUAUGGCAACACAGAGAUCACGGAGGAGCUGCUGCGGGAGCAGCUUUACCCGGAAACGGCGUCGCAGGAAUUUGGGGUUCUGCUGGCUAAAAUGAAAGGAAUCGUCAAGUCAAUAGCUUCAGCUGACAUGGAUUCAAAUCAACUAGAAGCUUUUCUGACUGCACAAACAAAGAAACCAGGGGGAAUCACAACCGAUCAUGCUAUAGUUAUUGCAAAAUUUUGGAAGAACCAGCGAGCAAAAAUUCAUGAGAGUCUGAUAAAUCAAAGCAAGUGGGAAAACAGCUUGAAAAACAUAAGCUGGAGAGUAGAUUUAAAAACACAGUCAAGACACAUUGACCAGAUGAACAGUCCUGUGGCAAUAGUUGAAAUGGAACUUGAGAAAAAUGGACAGGAAUCUGAGCUUUUGACCAUGGAAUUUGAUGAGACUGAAUUGAAUGAAAUGUUGAAGAAACUUUCAGAGAUUGAAGACAGCAUUAUUUCUCUGACCCAAGCACCCUGACUUUUCAGUUAAAACAGUGUUUGAUUCAUACAGUGUAUGCAUAAGGUUGGCCUUAGUUACACGUGUACAUUAUCCUGGACAUCAUGCUGUUCUUUCAGCAGUAUUUGAAAACUUAUAAAUAUGGGAUCAAAGAAGAAGAAAAAAUAUAACUGAGGCAUUCAAACUGAUGUACAUAUUAAAACAAAAGAACAUCGCUGGAUUCAUUGAAAGAAACUACUGCUCCAGAAAAAUGUAGAAUUUGUAUAAUAAAAGAGCAAAUAUAUUCACCUUUCCAUUAUUGACAUCACUGUGUGAUUUAUUUAUCCAGCCACUGAAAAACCAUUUGUAGCAAUGGCUGCUGUAUAUUUGUAGAACCAGGAGAGGGAAUUCCAUUAAAAAAAAUUGUCUUUCUUAUUUGCUUCAUAUUUUCAUCAGUUCAGAAAGUGUUGUUACUUGAAGAAAAUGAAACAGCAGUGUAUUUUAGUUUCAUCUUCUCUUUCUGGGACCUUGUGGGAAAUUGUAGAUUCCAUGUUAGAAAUAAUUCUUUAGUUAUUAACUAUUCUGUUGCAUUACGGUACAAUACAUCUUCCAUCUCUGUAGCACAAAACCUAGUUAUAGACACUAUAACAAAAGGUGGUCAUCUUAAAAAAGCUAUAUAGCAUUCAUUUGCAAUAGAAAGUAAAUAUUGUAUGUAUUCACAAGCAUUUUCAGCAUUAACUGUUUCAUUAUCUCAGCAGUAUGGUAUUGAAUACUUCAGAAUUUAUUGAAAAUGUAGAAUAUAUGGACAAAACAUUAAUAAAUGGAUAUCAAAUCUAGAAUGUCUUAAUGCUUCCAAUCUAAAUUCUUUUAUGCCAAACCACCUUCUCUUCCAUUUAGUUUUCUUGUGCUAUUCAG